UAUUCAAUUACUUAUUGUAUUUUUUUUAUAAUUAAGGUACAUUGUGUUUAGUUUUGUGUAGAUUCUGUUAUAAUUUGCUGUGAAAGUACAAUGGCUCUAUGGUCAGCCACCAAGUUUGUAGCAAAAGGCGGUGUUUUAGGUGGAGCUGUUUACCUCACAACUAAGAAUGGUAUUUGGGGGGAAAACCCUGAUACGGGAAUCCGGGCAAUAAAGCAAUUCUCGAAAUCAGUCGAUGGAACGUUAGGGGGAGAAUAUAUGGGAAAGGUAACGCAGCUACCGCAAUUAAAUGCAACAGAAAAAUGGAACAAAGCUGUUUCCUAUUCAAUCGACUGUGUGGCGGAUUCCCCUGCAAUUGCUGCAAAAGCUUAUAAAACAAUUAAGGACAAAAUAAUAUAAAUAUUGUUUUAAAUUUAUGAUUUCAAAAGACAAUUUAAAGAUUUGUGACUGUUUGUGUUUUAGUACAUAUUGGAUUCAAUUUUUGGGAUAAAUUUCAUUUAGUACUUAAACAAUCUUUUGUUGGUGUGUGUUUCAUUAUUGUUUAUCAGUUUUUGUUUUAUUUAUAGUGAAAAUCAGUUUUUUUGAAGAUUGCUCUACAACUGCUAUAACAUUCUGUCUUAAAUAUUAAAAUUUUGAUGCCCAAUGAAAACAUAAUGUAUACUUUGACUCUUCUUGAUUGUAUAUACUUUGGCUCUUCAGUGCCAUAACAUAUUUGACGUAAAACUGGUGUUCUACACUAUAGAAUGAACAAUUUCAAAUUUCAGGGUAAAAUUUCAUUUCUGCACCAUUACAUUAGGCUAACAGCAGGGGGACAGUUCUAAAGUGUAUAAAAUUCCCAUUUUUUUAAAUGAGGUAAAAUAAUAUUCUUAACGUUAUGCAUGGAUUAACCAAAUUUAUCUUAAAAAUUUAGAUUUAGGUUAAAAAAACUGUAUUAAUAGCAAUUUGAAUUAAAAUGGCUGGUGCUACUUCUCACAGAGGGGCGUGCUGUGGGUGUGGCGGUUCAGAUGAUGCAGCAUAUGAAUGGAUCAAAAUAUUUCUUAUUGUUUACAACUUCGGGUUUUUGUUAUUAAGCUUAGGCUUUAUUGGUCUCGGAAUUUACUCGGAAAUAUGGAGAUCUGAAAUCACUGAAGCGGAACACUUUCUUCUUACACCAUCUGUGUUCUUGUUUGUCCUUGGUUUUAUAGGAUUUCUAUUUGCUGGCUUCGGCUGUGUUGGUGCAUUGAGGGACAAUUUGUGCGUUCUUAAAUUUUUCAUUUGUUCAGUAUUACUGUGCGUACUGAUCGAACUGGGUGCCGGCAUUGCUGCACUUAUUUUUAAAGACCCGGCGAAAAACUUUGUGAAUGAUUAUGUAAUGAAAUGCUUGCCAACUUAUUAUGAUGAUCCAGACUUGAAAAAUGUGAUUGACUUUGUACAAGAAGAUUUCUAUUGUUGCGGUGGGCGCAAUUACCACGACUGGGAAAUCAACCCCUACCAUAAUUGCUCAGCCCCUGGUCCUGCUGCAUGCGGUGUUCCAUUUUCGUGUUGUAAACCUCAGCCCGACGAUGAUCUUAUAGUUAACUCUAUGUGCGGGUAUGACACAUUACAUAAAGACCAGUCGCCAUUUGACGUGGUAAACAUUAUUUAUGUUGAUGGCUGCAUAGAUGCUGUUAUCGAUUAUCUGUGGUUGCAUAUGGACGUGUUUGCUGCCAUUCUGCUUGGGGUGUUUAUACCACAAGUUACAGGCAUAAUACUCGGUACAAUGUAUGUUUACCUUAUCAAAAAAAUAGUCGCUCGGCAACGGACAAAUGAAGAAGAAAAUUUCAUGUAACAUUUAAUUAAACUUCCUAAAAAUGCAAUGGAAAUAGUGAAUACACUGAAAAAUUUACAAAUUCUGUGUUUCUUUUAAUAAAUUUACCAUAUGUGCUUUGUUAAAACGACUAUCAAAAAUGUAAAAUGUCACCAAAAGACCACUGUGAUAAAAUCCAAAUUAAUCUGUUGGACCUGUAUUAAAUUUUAUACAGAUGGAAACAAUUUAGCUAUGCUGUAUCCGUUGUAUAGAAUAUAUUAAUAAACUAAAAAUACACAUGCUGUUAAAAAAGCUUCAAUAAGAACUGUCUCGUAUAUGCCCUAGCCCCUAGUUACUUAUUAACCAAUUUCCAAUGUUUCAAUGUAUCUCAGAUCCAGAGUACCUUCUAUUGUGUGGUUUAUUGUAUACCAUUAUAAGCUGUUUGUAGUGGCGCAGCCAGAAAAACUAUUGUUAAUAUAUAUUUUUUAAUAUAUUUUUUUGUAAAAGGGGGUUUGUGACUCUGGUUGCGUCGCUAGCUGUUUGUGUUAACGUAUGUAGACACUACCGUGCUAUGUGUGAUGUUUUAUGAUUAUGUUAUAUAAUGUAUGUAAUAUCUUCUGUUGGUGC